AGUGCGGUUCUCGUGCGCUCAGGAGUUAGACAGAGACGCAGCAGCGCACGACAAACAGCCGACUUCACUUCCGAAGACCAGCGCGUUCUUCAAUUAGUGGCUCGAGUGCUAAUGAGGCUUUUAACGCAGCAUCCAAACUUGUUAAUGAAAUAGUGGCGUUUCGUGACACACGUUUUGCGCAACUUGCUUCCCUCAUCUGGCGCCAGAUCUGCUGGGGAAUAAAAGAUGCUUCUCGACGUGCUCUGUUCCUAUGAAAUGAUUUGGAUUGCACCUCGCAUUUUUGGAGGAAAUCAGCACUGAACGCAGUACGACGUUUUCUGGACAACUUUGGUGCCAGUGGACACGGGCAUUCGCGAAAGUCUUUUACUGCCGCGAGAUUGUUUGGCUCUAAACAGGAUGGACCUCGUCGGGCUCUACUUGUUCCAGCUGGCAAUUUUUGGGGUGCCGCGGCUGGUGUCUGGGGGCCGAUGGGAUUGUCUGACUGCGGGGGAUUCAUGCUCCAGCGAUGAAGCGUGCAGCCCGCGUUUGAGAACCCUGCGGCAGUGCGUUGCAGGCGGAGGAAGCGUCAAGCUGGGUCCAGGAGCACGAAACCACUGCGAGAACGCCGUUACAGCCCUCAUGUCCAGUCCCCUACACAGAUGCCAAUGCAAACGGGGUAUGAAGAGAGAGAAGAACUGUCUUAGUAUUUACUGGAGCCUCAAGCAAUCCAUACUGCACGGGCUGAGCUUGGUGGAGAAUUACCCCUACGAGCCUGUUGAGCGGGGUUUUGAUUAUGUUCGCCUGGCCUCCAUUGCUGCAGAGUCUGAGGUUGGCAUGACAACAGUGAAUCGUUGUUUGGAUGCCGCCAAGGCCUGUAACGUUGACGAGACGUGUCAGAAGCUACGCACCGAGUAUGUGUCAGCAUGCAUUGCUCCAUCAGCACGAGCCGGGACCUGCAACCGCGCACGCUGCAGCAAAGCACUGAGAAAGUUCUUUGACCGAGUGCCACCCGACUACACGCAUGAGCUACUCUUCUGUCCGUGCUCUGACACAGCGUGUGCAGAGCGCCGACGCCAGACCAUUGUGCCUGCGUGCUCAUUUGAGGAAAGGGAGAAACCCAAUUGCCUGGUCCAGCUCCGAGCGUGUGAAGCCGACUAUGUGUGCAAGUCUCGCUGGGCUCAGUUCCAGCACGACUGCCAACCCUCCGAGCUCACUGCCAGCGGCUGCCAGCAAGAAAAUUACGGAGCCUGCCUUAUUGCAUACACCGGCCUGAUAGGAAGCAUUAUAACUCCUAACUACCUAGAUAACUCUACAUCCAAUGUGGGGCCGUGGUGCUCCUGUGCGGCAAGUGGGAAUUUCCGAGAUCAGUGCAACCACUUCCUCAGCCAUUUCCAUGACAACAACUGCUUGAAGAAUGCCAUUUCGGCUUUCGGGAAUGACACAGACCUGAAAUCUGCAACCAACCAGGCUCCGGGUUCUAAUACCAACACUUACAACCACAUCCUACCAGUUACCAGCACUGAGCCCACUACUACUACCAAUGGUGCUGCCACAGAGACUGAGCAGAACCUUCUGCGUCCACAGAUGCCCACACAGAUGAACGAGCGAGACAGACUGUGGGGUGACUCUACGCUGCCGUCUCCUGAUCUGUACGAUUCCAGUCCCACCACAGCCCACCUGGAUGAACUCAUGUGGCUCCUCCCCUUCCUGCCACUCACGCUCCAGCUUUAAAAUAAAGCAAUCAGUCAAAGCAGAGCAGAACUGGGACAGAGAGAGUGUGUGUGUUCAUCAGUUUAACCUCCACAUCAUUUAACGAGGACACAAAAACUGCCAAACUCUCUAAACAUGUGCAACCCUGCUCCAUUCCUCCAGUCCAAUUUAGUGAUUUCAUCGUUUGUGUUCACAAUGACUGAUUUCAAGGGUUUGAAUAAUUGUGUCUCUCUCUAAUGUUUUGGACUGAAGAUGGUGCGUAUGUAAAGCCCCGUUCAGAUUACAUGAUUUCGCCACAAUUUGCUUGACAAAGGGUGUUGUCAUGGAGAUUCGUAAACGACAAAUGGGAAGCAAGAUUCAAUUGCUUCUUCUCAUAUAGUGCCAUAGUGCAGGACAGCCGAUGUCCGAAACAAUUUAAGACGUCAUAGCAGAAAGUAUAGCAUGUGUCGGUUUUUAUCUAUGAUGAGUUCUGUUACAUGGGUGACCAAUAGAAGCACAGAAUUUUUUCAAACACAGGUUUUAAAAUGACAAAAUGAAAGCGAGAGGACUGUGCUGCUUCCAUGAAAUGUGUUAUGGAAAGGUAUGCUUGGAACUACCAUGACAGAAUAAAAACAUCAAUGUUGGCGAUGGGUAGCAGAUGCAUUUCUGGAAUUAUCAUGUUAACAAACAAAUCUGACAAUUAGGCUGUGUUUACUGUACACUGCAGAUCUUGAUGGUCAGUUUUGUCACUGUAUCUGAUUUUUUUGAUGACCUGCUUACAUCUUUUAAAAGUGACUCGUAUCCAAUUUUCUGCAUUUACACAGCACAAGGCAAAAGGCGCAAUGACAAGAAAAAACAGUGUGUGCUGACUGACAUCUGAUAAUAAGAGAGCGCUGUUUUCUCUAUUCCCUGUCUUUAAUAUAUUCACAGGGUUUUUUUUUCUUUUUGACAAGUUGUUUUACUAUAGUUUAUAACAGAAAAGUUGUCAUUUGGCCAUCAUCUUUUAGUCUAGGCCUAUGUAAACCAGUAGGCAUCUCAAUGACAUGUCCAUGGCGUGAUUUAUGGACGUAACAUAUGCAACAAUUUUAUAUUCGUUUACAUGGUGGAUGUUGCAUUCUCUCUCAUUAACAUGCUUAAAUACUUGUGCUACAUGACAAUAUAAACGCUUUUUUAGUCAUCGUGUAUGAGAUUUAAGGAUUAUUGAAGUUUGUUCUGAAACGAAAUCGCAGAGUUGACAUCAUUUGCAAUGUAUUUUUAAUGAUGCGUGACUCACAUUUACAGGUGAUAACCUGAUCUACCUGCUUACACUGUAGACACAAGGACACAGAUCCAUUUCAUAUUGGAUAAAUUUCUACAUAUGAACAAAGCCUGAAUCUGAUUUAAGUAAAUCAGAAUCCAUGUGGAUUUUUCCUGCUUGCACAUGUGCCAUAUCUGAUCUGUGCCACAUGAGGAAAAAUCAGAAUUGAGUCACUUAAACCAUGCAGUGUAAAUGCAUCCUUACAACCACAUCUAAAAAUCAUGGGGUUUCUUGAUGUCACGAAACUGGUAUUCCAUACCAGUCGGUCCUGCAAUUUUAAAAAUGUCCAUUUCCUACUAACAUUUGAGCGCGUUCUUAAACAGCACUAAAUUGCCUGUGUUUACAUGCUUAACAGAAAUAACUGUGAUUGGCCAUGAAGGUUAUCAGUCCACCAAACUCACAGCUGUUUACUGAGUGUAACCACAGAUACAGGGACACUGAAUUGUUUUAAAGCCGCAAAGAUCAGCUGCUCUGUUUAUAAGCUGACAUACAAGCAAUCCGCUGAUGAAUCGACUGAUCCUCACAGCUUUAAAACACUUCAGGGACCAGUGUAUUUGGAAAUUGAUAUCGAAUUCCACUAUCGUCACAACAUUAGUUUCUUGAUGACAGACUUCACAUGAUGAUUAAUCGUAAAGCAAUGUGUAGUCUGACAUGUUUGAUGCUCAUAACAAGUCAAGUUUAUCUAGAAAAAAAAAAAAUCAUACAAUCCAACAUGGUGAGCGGCAAUAAAAAAUGCAAAACCACAUUCUGCACACAUUACAAAGUCCUGGCUGCGAAGUAAGUAAAUACAAGUACUUGACUGGCCUGUCCGCAGUCUUGAUCUGUUUCCAAUAGAAAACUUCCAAUAGAAGAGCAAAUGGAUGAUUUAAAAAUUUCAGUAUCAUGACAACGCUAUUUCUUGAUGACAGAGGUCACAUGAUGAUUGAUUGCAAAAAUGUGUAGUCUGACAUAUUUGAUAUCCAUAACAAGUCGUGAAACUCUAGAAAACCAAAAAUAUAAUCUGACACAAUGAGUGGCAAUAAAAAUUAUGCAGUCUGAACGGGGCUUAAGAUGAACUCGUCUAUUCAUAAUGAAUGACUGAAAUGGCUGAAGUCACGCCAACACUACAAUUCUAUGACAAAAAAAAAAAAAAAAA